UUUGCAACGCAGUCGGAACGCUAAUUCAGACUGUAAAAGCAGACCUUUUAUCUCAUCCUAACCUGAAUUCGAAGCUUCUAGUUAUUUUUUAAUAUGGAUAUCCGUGGAAUGCUUCUCGAAGAAAUAUUUGUAAGUUUAAUAUUCAUAAAAGAGUCAAUAAAUUCGUAAUCAAAUAUGGUGGCUUUGUUGUAAUCUUUAUAAAGUAAAACAAAUUUGCGAAAAUAUGAAUGGUCGUAUCGCCCCGAGCAAAUCGACAGUUUAUGUGUCAAAUUUGCCGUAUUCAUUCACCAACAAUGACAUACAUCAGCUGCUGGAAAGUUAUGGCAAAAUUGUUAAAGUAACGAUAAUGAAAGAUAAAAUAACACGUCGUAGUCGCGGCGUUGCUUUUGUCCAAUUUCUUAGGAUAGACGAAGCCGUAUCUUGUGCGAAACGUCUCAAUAACACAAAGGUAUAUGGUCGCACUGUAAAAAGUUCAAUAGCAAUUGACAAUGGUCGCAGCACUGAAUUCCUACGUCGUAGGGAUUAUCCCGACAAAUCGCGGUGCUAUGAAUGUGGACAGGAAGGACAUUUGUCAUAUCGCUGCAACAACAAUGCACUUGGUCCUAGGGUAGAACCAAAAAAGAAAAUUAGGAUGCGAAAGAGAAAAUUAGGAUACCAAAGAACUUGUAAUACAAGUUAUUUUGAUAGUGACAGUGCUAGUGAUGAAGCAACAAAAAAACAUCAUUUCGAUGAUGUUAAUAUUACAGAAGAAGAACCAGAAACGCUAAGUGCCGUUAUUGCACUUGAGCAAAGACGGACAGAAAUGGAAUGUAGAAAAACAGAUGGAUACGAUAGAAAAGAGACUGUACCAAAGAAACGCUAUAAAAAGAAUAAUUAUUUCAGUGAUGAAGAGGAUUUUAGCGAAUAA